AUGUUCUUUUUCUUUAUUUUCCUUUCUUUCUUUCUUUCUUUCCUUCUGAAAUUUUAUUUCUUUUCAUAUAUGUUCUUUUUCUUUAUUUUCCUUUCUUUCUUUCUUUCUUUCCUUCUGAAAUUUUAUUUCUUUUCAUAUAUGUUCUUUUUCUUUAUUUUCCUUUCUUUCUUUCUUUCUUUCCUUUUGAAAUUUUAUUUCUUUUCAUAUAUGUUCUUUUUCUUUAUUUUCCUUUCUUUCUUUCUUUCUUUCCUUCUGAAAUUUUAUUUCUUUUCAUAUAUGUUCUUUUUCUUUAUUUUCCUUUCUUUCUUUUCUUUCUUUCCUUUUGAAAUUUUAUUUCUUUUCAUAUAUGUUCUUUUUCUUUAUUUUCCUUUCUUUCUUUCUUUCUUUCCUUCUGAAAUUUUAUUUCUUUUCAUAUAUGUUUUUUUCUUUUUCUUUCUUUUCUUUUCUUUCUUUUUCUAUAUAGUUCAUUUCUUUCUUUUUCUUUCUCUUUUUUCUUUCUUUCAAAUUCCAUUUGUUCGUUUCUAUUUCUUUUUUCCAUUUUUAUUCUUCUAUUUUUUUUUAUUCCUUCCAUUAUCUUCUAUUCAAUUUUUGUUUUUAUUUUCCUUCUUUUCUCUUUCUAAUUGUCCUCUUUCUUUUCUUCUUUUUGAUAUUUUUUUCAUCCUCAACUUCUUUUCCUUUCCCAUCUUUUCUUUUUUGCUUUUCAUUUCAUUCUUCUUUUCAUCACCCUUCCUUUCUUAUAUUUUUUCUAUUUUCCCAUCCGUUUUCUUAUUUUUCGCUUACACUUCGCAACACUUAACUGUCACCGUGUCCUCUAAUCCAAGCUAUUUAACAACAAACAAAUCUCUCCAUAUUUAA